ACAAUUGAAGUCUGAGAGCUUCAGGGACAUGGUUAAUAGGAGCCACAGGAUGGGGCUGCAGGUCUUCUGAGCCUGGGUUCUUUCCUCCAGGUGCUACCAUCUCUCUAGCUCAGUGUUCUCGUGGGAGCCAUGAAGCUGAACAAGAGGAGUGUGGCCCACUAUGCUCUGAGUGAGACUCCAGCAGACCACACUGGCUUCCUUCGUACUUGGGGAGGACCAGGGACCCCACCUACUCCUAGUGGUGCUGGCCGAAGAUACUGGUUUGUUCUCAAGGGCAACCUGCUAUUCUCUUUCGAGAACAGAGAAAGCCGGGCCCCUCUGAGCCUGGUGGUACUGGAGGGCUGCACGGUGGAGCUGGCUGAGGCUCCUGUGCCUGAGGAAUUUGCCUUUGCCAUUCGCUUUGAUGCCCCUGGAGUACGCCCACACCUGCUGGCAGCAGAUGGGCAAGUUGCCCAGGAGGCCUGGGUGAAGGCACUGUCCCGAGCCAGCUUUGGCUACAUGCGACUUGUGGUACGAGAGCUGGAGAGCCAGUUGCAGGAUGCCCGUCAGAGCCUGGCCUUGCAUCGCUGUGUGUCCCAUAAGUCUGUUGCUGGCUGCAGUAAGCCUCAGGCUCCUGACCGACGGGCUCUGGGACCUGAGAAUGGCCACCUUCUCCCCAGGGACCGAAACUCCAAUGGUUCUGUGGAAGAAAGGGGGAGCAGGCCAAUAGGUCGGGAUUUGACUGAGUGGGGGUUACAGGGCCCUGCCAGUCUCCUCCUAAGCAGGGGACAGAGCCCUGUGUCCCCUGAUACCUCCUGUUUCUCUAUCUUGCAUGACUGGUAUGGGAAAGAGAUCAUGGAGUUGAGACGAGGAUGGCAGCAAAGGGCCAAGGGGAACCAAACAGAGAGCAAGCAACAGAACAGGCCCUGAGCCAGGGCUCUUUGAGCUGUGGCCCUGUCCUGCCGGUUAGGAUAUCAGGGUCAUACUUCAGGAGUUAAAUGUUUACUCAGUUGGUUGUGUGUGUGUGUGUGUGCGCGCGUGUGUGUGUGUGUCCUUCCUGCUCUGUAGACUUUAACUUCAGUCCUCCUCUCUGCCUGGAGUGAACUGAGGAAUCGUGACUUCCAAUCUAUUUUCUAAGGCCUAGAAAGGCCAGGUGGCUGAUGGGAACAUAACAUAAUGCAGGAAGAGGGCUGUGCUUCUCUACCCCUUCAGGACACUCUGGCCAGAAUUUCCAGCACAACGAGCCUUGGGCAUCUAAAUGCCAGAGGUGAUAGCAGAAGUGGCUUGAGUACUGACAUUGACAUGGUUUGAGCAGGGUUCUCUGCAGGAGAGGGCCUUUAGGUGCUAAAGGGGGAGUCUUCUCUCCCUUGCCACCUUGUCAAUGUAUAAUGCUGGUAUAAUGUAUAAUUGCCCUGGGAAAGGCAGGCAGCUUUUAUAAAGGAGCAACUCUUCCUGAUCUGUCAUCCACGGUCACUCCUAGGGACCCUGUCACCUAUUGCUUAUUUCCCAAGGCUUGUCUGCCAAGAAUCCUAUGGCUGCUUUCUCCUGUAUCAUGUCAGUAUCAUUUUCUAUUAUUCUAAGAGGUCAAAUGGCUGGGUCUACAGAGCCAGAAGUCAGACUCAUCUGUCCCCUUUAUAUAGGUACAGAGUCAGUGACUGGGAAAAUGCAGGGCUCGCCAGAGCCAUACCCUUCCCUAACAAAAUCUGCCUCUUCCUGUCCUCCCUUCUUUUCCUAUCUGGGGCCUUGGGACAGCCUGACCAAAAUCCAUGCAGGCCUAAAGGCCAAACUUUGGCCUCCAAGAGACUGAGUUUCAUGGUCUCCUUCCUUGGCCAGGGCCAGUUCCUGUGAUGCCAACCAUGUUUCUCAGGUCUGCUUGUAGCAUCAAAGCCAACAAGGCUUGAUUGU